CGCCGCAGUGGCAGGAACAGCAGUGAGUGUGUGAGAGGAGUGUGUGAGGACUGUGUGAAAAGUGUGUGAAGCCCACAGAGCUACUUUACAGCAGGUCUUUGUUGCUACACAGGAGAGGAAAGCAGCAGGACGGGUCUUGUGCCAUGGCAGAGUCGCCAACUUGUUGAUGUUGCCACUCAAUUUUGUUGCAGUCAAUCAAGAAUGUGAAGAUGCCACAUUCUGUCGACUACUUCCCUACAGAAGCUCUCGUCUCGAAACCCUUUUCCUUGGACUUCUUCUCUACCAGCAACCACACCACAGAGCCAUACACAGCAGACGGAUUACUCCCCAGGAUCAGCAACAUCAGCGGGCAUGGUGUCCUUCGCUGCACCUACAAGGAGGACUUCAAACGUAUUUUACUCCCUGCUGUGUACAGCAUUGUCUUCCUGCUUGGCCUUCCUCUCAAUGCUGUUGUCAUACUGAAGAUAUGGAGGACGCGACCCAAUCUGUCCCGCACCAACAUCUAUAUGCUAAACUUGGCCAUAGCCGACUUCCUGUAUGUGAUGUCACUUCCCUUGCUGAUCUACAACUAUGCCAGCCAUGACUACUGGCCCUUUGGAGAGUUUGCCUGUAAACUGGUCAGGUUUCAGUUCUACAGUAAUCUUCACGGCAGUAUCCUCUUCCUCACCUGCAUCAGUGUGCAGCGCUAUUUGGGUAUUUGCCAUCCUCUCGCAAUGUGGCACAAGCAAGGUGGGCGGAGGAUGGCGUGGUCUAUCUGCGGAGGGGUAUGGCUGGUGGUCGCCAUCAUCUGCGCUCCAACGUUUCACUUUGCUGCAACGGGAAUCCAGCGAAACCGCACGGUGUGUUAUGAUUUAAGUACACCGAAGCAUUCUGUGGACUACUACCCCUAUGGCAUGGCUCUGACCUGCCUCGGCUUCUUGUUGCCUUUUAUGGGUGUGAUGGUGUGCUACUGCCGGAUGGCCCACAUCCUCUGCCGCCCGGUGUCCUACCAGGGUGUCUCCAUAGCUACCGGGGAGAAACGAGACAAGGCGGUGAAGAUGAUCAUCGUGGUGGCGACAGUUUUCUGCAUAAGCUUUCUGCCAUUUCACCUCACCAAGACCAUGUACCUGGUGGUGCGCACGCUGCCGAACGCACCCUGCGAGAUGAGAAACAUGUUCUCAAUCAUCUAUAAGAGCACCAGGCCGUUUGCCAGUAUGAACAGCUUUCUGGAUCCUAUUCUGUUCUACUUCACCCAGCCACGCUAUCGGAGGAACACCCGAAGGUUUGUGCUCAGAGUCACCACCCUUAGGAGCAAAGGCACCAGUGUGUGACCCAACAAGCAAUCAUACAUGGCAACAGUAUUUCUUAAAACCUUGUUGCAGAACCAGUGGUGGAUCCCAUGAUGCUGCAAAGUGAUACAAGAACUGGUUUCUGAUGUCUUUCAGGUUUAUACCUACUAUUUGCUGCAAAAGGUUAAAAAAUUGAGAGGCAUUGGCAAAUCAAAAGGCCUUCUGAAAUGCUGUGUGAAGGCUGUAAUCUUGUAUAUGAAAGGUAAACAUAGACUGCAAAAACAAGGAGAAACACCGCAAAAUGAAAUGAAAAUCUGUAUUCUCCUACAUGCAUUAUCUUGAGUUGCUGUUAACCAUCACAGCCAUCACAGACUAUGGGUGUAAUUUUAUCAGGGGAAGUCAGGCAUUUUUGGCACCGCAGAAUAAUUUGUGUUGUCUUGAUCACAUAAUUAUCGUGGCGAUUAACACUGUAAAUGCUGAUGAUUCCGUCAGAAGACCAGGGCACUCUGACUCAUCCUGCACUGUCACUGUUAUCUGGCAAAUGUUUGCUUUCAGUCUAAGUUGUGCACUAGGUCAUAAUGUAGAAGCUUUUUUUUUUUUAAUAUGUUUGUUUUUUUCUAUAUUUUUUCUCUGUCACUAAGCACUGUGAACUGUACAGUAAAAUGUAAUGCUGUAUAAUAAGGUGACCAUAUGUGUGAUAUGGAAGUGGAGACAUUCAGAAGUGAAAGAGAGAACACAAUAAUUUUUGGGAUAAAAUCCACUAUGGCUCUAAGUCAUGAAAAAUGCUCAAUGCGAUGUUAUAUGUUAAUGACUGCAUGUUAAAAUUACAUGAAGUUCUUGUAAAAGGAGUUUUUGUUUGGGGUUAAAAUGUCCCACAAAACAGAAUUGCAAAAACAUAUAUGAAUAUAGUGAGAGCAAGACUGAAACUGAAAAAAUAUGUGACUUUUUAUAUUACACUUUCAUCACAUGAAGGUUUUUACUGAUUUUUUUUCUUUCCCCCCUCUAAAUAAGUCAGACUAUAUAUUUUAACUUUCUUUCUCAGUUGCAGGGCUUGUUGUUGCGUGUUUUCACCACCGGGUGGUGUGUGCACACCACUGCUUUAACCUCACUGCACUGACAUGCGGCUCUUUUCUAAAAAAAAAAAAUACAAAAACAAACUUAAAAUUUUUUUUUUUUAUUAAAACAGUAUCCAGAAAGGAUUACAACUCAACCACUACAAUUAAAGACAAACAGAUGCCAGUAAAAUUGAUAAGUAAUCCUGCUCUUGCCAUGGAAAAAUAGGCCAUAAAUUUCCUCCCACAUGUCUGUAAAAUCUUCAUUGAAAAGUUUGUGCCAACAUUAAUAUAUUUUUUUAUAUCAAAAUCCUUAUCAGAUGCAUUAGGUGAGUAGAAGGAAGGAGAAAUGCAAUUUGUAGACUUUGGAGCGGGGUCUAAAUUAAGGCUCCACUUCCUGUGAGUGUGUGAACCUUUCCCAAGAAAUUUCUGAUUUUUUUUCCCCCCAAGAAAUCACAUCUGCUGAUACAAGUGUAGUGUUACAGAAAUAGAAAAUACUGUAAACAAUAGAGAGUAGAGACAGCCAUGAGAAGGAACUGUGUACUUGUAAAGAGGUACUCCAUGAACUGAACAUGUGUAAUGUGGUACUUUGUAUCAUGGCCUCCACUUGAUAAAAAUUUAAAUUUUGUCUGAUGAAGAGACAGAACUCUUAAUGUUAGAAUAUUUAAAAUGAAACAAAAGGGUGUGAAUAUCUUUAAAUAACAGAUAGUUUUGAAAGCCUGCUGAAAGUAAAAAGUGAAUAUUUUAUGUGUGACUAUGACAACUUUGAUACAAAUUUAAAUAAAGCCAGGAAAUGGCUCUUAACCUGAUCCUAAAGACAGUCUAUACAGUGGAGAUUUCUCUAUUUCUCAUUGAGUUAUACCAAGUAACUGAGUUACUGAGUUUUUGAUUUUGUACAUGUAAAGUUCAUGAAAUGAACACCAAAGCAGACUGCAUUGUAAAUGGGCUUCAUGACGUGUUGUAUGACGUGCAUUUUGUUGUAGCUUAAUGUUAAUUUAACAAAAUUCACACUUGAAUGUUGUCCUAGCAUCAAUGUUUAGUUUUGCACGCUAUCUUUCUGACACAGUUUUUACAAAAUUCUGUUAUGAUUUUUUUUUAAUAACACUGCCUCUCAUGUCCAGAUUGAACUUUCUUUGAUCCCCUUCUCUUCGCUUUUCAUCCUGACCUUCUCCAGUACUUUAAGAUUUCUAUCUUUUCAUCGUUGCUUCCGUAUUGCUCUUUGAACUGUGCCUUAUGAUGUCUUGACACUGCUGCAGAAGUCUUAUUAGUAGAUCUCUGAUGUAGGCAUUGAAAUAUACAGGUAAUUAUGUCAUUUAGCUGAUACACAACAUAAAUUAAUUCUGAUUGUAAUGUGUUUCUGAGAUGGUUAGUUUAAUGCCAAAUAUAAUAACUAACAGACUGUAGUGUCUCUCAGUCCAUAACUUAGACCAAAGUCUAAUGUUAAAAUUUAACAUCCAAAUCAUACUGAAAUGACAAAAUGAAUCCUUAAUUCAGAUUAUUUUUAAAUUAAUUCAACACACCAACAGCCUUUUGAAAUCUGGUCAUUGAAAAGCUUGCAACAAUAAUGAGUUCUGCACCUACGAGAGGGAAAACGUGUAUAUUAGUUUAAUGUGAAUACAAUUUUCACCUCAAUAUGAGGUCAUGUGCUUAAAAAUGUUAGGAACUUCUUAAUGUGUGUGUGUGUGUGUGUGUGUGUGUGUGUGUGUGUGUCUGUGCAAUAUACAUAAUAAGUAAUGUAGUGAUAUACUGUAUGUUGUGCUUUAAGCUUCAGCUAAAACAAGAGUUUACAUGUUUUUUCCCCACAUCUGUCUGGAGAGUCAUACGUGUGUGUGGUCACUUUAGAGAAUUCAGACGUCUGUGCAUUGUGCCAACAUAUUUGUGUCAACCAGUAUUAUUUAGAAGAAUUCUUUUGUAAAAUACUGUAACAUGGAGUAGAAUCAGGUAUAGAAUUAUAUUUUUGUUACAUAAUUAUUUUAAUGAAAAAGUAACAUUUAUGUUCUUUAUAUUUUUGUUAUUUUAAAUUAUGCAGCCCUCUUGCAUUGCCUGUGAAAAUGAUGUCAUAAUGUAAAAUUAAUGGUGAUUAAAAAAUAUCAUGAAUG